AUCACCUCCGGCCUCCGGCUCAGGGUGACCGCAACGGGCGCCCGAAUGCUGGAGGUCCCAGGGGCGGCCAGUGGGCCCGCCGCGGACGCCCUAGCCGAGAGGCUUAGGGCGUCCAUAAAUGCGGAUGAUGCCCGAGUCUCCAGGCCCCACAAGUGCGCGGAUCUGCGCAUCAUGGGCCUGGACGACUCAGUUACUGCGGAGGAGGUGGUGGCCGCCGUCGCUAGGACGGGUGGGUGUUCCGCCGACGAAGUUAAGGCGGGCACCAUACGUCCCGACUUCAGGGGCACGUGCACCGUCACGGUGAGCUGCCCCGUGGCGGCGGCCAAGACCAUAGUCGACGGCCGUAGGUUGCUGGUUGGUUGGGUGUCGGCACAGGUCAAGUUGCUGGACCCUAGACCCCUGAGGUGCUUCCGAUGCCACGUCGGGCAUCAUGUAGGUGUUCGUUGCACCUCGGAGGUCGACCGCAGCGCCCUCUGCUUCCGCUGCGGUCAGCCCGGACACAAGGCCGUGGCUUGUAAUGCCGCGCCGCACUGCAUUGCAUGCGCGGCUGCUGGCAAGCCGGCUGAACACCGGGCAGGGAGCAAAUCCUGUGCCCCACCCGCCAAGACCAAGGGU